AUGGCGGACCAGGAUGACACUAUCGACUAUGACGAGGCAAUGAUCCUCUCCAAGGAGUGGGCCUUUGCCACGAAUCCCUCCAACUGGGAUGAUGAACGGGAACUCCGUCGCACGGUUACCCUGGAGGGCAUUGAUAACUGGGAUGAUGAACGGGAACUCCGUCGCACGGUUACCCUGGAGGGCAUUGAUGACGCCUCGCGCCUGAAGGGUUUCAAAAAACGCGUUUCUAUCUCCGUCGCACCUGAGACCAUGCUCGCCGGCCCUGGGGCUUUGUCCGCGCUACCCCUCGAGUUACUGUUCCAGGUCAUAGGCUACUUGGAUGUUGACUCUGCAGAGUCCUUUGGCCAGACUUCCCGCCUCGCCCGCUUACUGCUUGAACAACACCCGUCCUACAAGCCCCUCAUGCAGGUCGUGCCACCACUGCGAGCCUUCUAUCAUGCUCUUGGGAUUAAUCGCUGGGAGACCCUCGACGCCCUUGCCAAGGAGUUGUAUCACCCAUACUGCCGAGCCUGUGGUCACCAAGCCACACUACUCUUCCUUCCUCUCGGAGAGCGCGUCUGCUACAACUGUAGCACCCACAGUCCGGCAUACUGGUGUAUGGCCGUCCCCAAUGCCAAGGCCGCCUUUUGCAUAAGCGAGAACCAGGUCCGGAAACUGCCCAUCCUGAAGAUUCGCGAGAAGUACUGGAAACAGGCAGUUUUCCCACAGACUGUUACAGAGGAACGUCAGGAUCUGGUCCCUGCUAAAUCCGCCUUCCUCGCCGCAAUCGAGGUUUGGGGUAACCGUCAGACUAUGUGUCGCUACGCCAAAUCCAAUGACCCAGAUCCAUAUCAUGAUUCAUAUCCCGAGGAGAUGUGGCUAGGUUCUGCCUAUCGAUUCCUCCGCAACAUGCAAAUCAAAACCCCUGAUGACCCGACCCAACUCGAAGGCCCCUCCCUCUUCAUACGUCCUGAAUACAACCGCGUAACCACUGUUCCUUUCCCGUGGGUCCCGAGAGGAAAGACCGAAAUUGAACGCCGCUUCAUGUGUCGCGGUUGUGAUUGGCUUUCCAGGCAAUCCGAGGUCUCCCAUACUCUGCUCAAAUAUUCAGGCAUCAAUCCCAGGUUGCCUAAUAAGCGGUUGGUUAAAAUCUUGAGUGGCCGUCGUAAUAUCGCUCAUACAUGGAAGGAGCUGAUGAUUCAUGUUCGGGGGUGUGCUGGAGCUGGAAUUUUGAUGUACACUCAUAUGGUCGAAAAGGAGUUUGAGAAUGGACUGGGACAUCCGAAUUUCUGGGUUUUGCUUUAA